UAUUAAAUCAGCCCCGCAAAUACUCAGAUUUGGCCGGAGAGGCGGGUUUUAAAUAAGAGCGACAACUUUUCUCACUAAUAAGCAUCUUGAUGAUGGCCAGUAUUUUAAUUCCUUUGGGGGCUUGAACAAGUAAGCACUGAAAGAAGCCAAUGAGAAACGGGGAGCUUUUGAAGGGCGUCGGAAAUAGCCAAUGAAAGGUCAAAGUUUGAAAGGCUCGGUGGAGGAGUGGGUUUUCGCCGUAGUCGUUGUGUGAGGGGAAGAACGGCUGCCGAGGUUGUUGUUACGGGAGCUCGGGAAGGAUCAUCGGAGUGAGCCUUCCCGCCCGCCAUGUCGCUGCACGGGAAGCGCAAGGAGAUCUACAAGUACGAGGCGCCAUGGACUGUGUAUGCUAUGAACUGGAGUGUCAGGCCCGACAAGCGCUUCAGGCUCGCGCUCGGCAGCUUCGUGGAAGAAUACAAUAAUAAGGUUCAACUUGUUGGGUUGGAUGAAGAAAGCUCUGAGUUCAUUUGCAGGAACACCUUUGAUCAUCCAUAUCCUACUACCAAACUCAUGUGGAUCCCAGAUACCAAGGGAGUUUAUCCUGACCUUUUGGCCACCAGUGGUGAUUACCUGCGUGUGUGGAGAGUGGGUGAAACAGAAACAAGGCUAGAGUGUUUGCUGAACAACAAUAAGAAUUCUGACUUUUGUGCCCCGCUGACAUCCUUUGAUUGGAAUGAAGUGGAUCCUUAUCUACUAGGCACCUCAAGUAUUGACACUACUUGUACUAUCUGGGGUUUGGAGACUGGUCAAGUCUUGGGAAGAGUGAAUUUGGUGUCAGGCCAUGUCAAGACUCAGCUGAUUGCCCAUGACAAAGAGGUGUAUGAUAUUGCGUUCAGCCGUGCAGGAGGUGGGAGAGAUAUGUUUGCUUCUGUUGGCGCUGAUGGCUCAGUGAGGAUGUUUGACCUGCGGCACUUGGAACACAGCACUAUUAUCUAUGAGGAUCCUCAGCACCAUCCUCUGCUCCGUCUUUGCUGGAAUAAACAAGACCCUAAUUAUCUUGCAACAAUGGCAAUGGAUGGCAUGGAGGUCGUCAUUCUAGAUGUCAGAGUUCCAUGUACUCCCGUGGCCAGGCUGAACAACCACAGAGCAUGUGUGAAUGGUAUUGCUUGGGCACCACAUUCUUCUUGUCAUAUCUGCACAGCAGCUGAUGACCAUCAAGCUCUUAUUUGGGAUAUCCAGCAAAUGCCUCGUGCCAUUGAAGACCCAAUCCUGGCCUAUACAGCAGAAGGGGAAAUCAAUAAUGUACAGUGGGCAUCAACUCAGCCGGACUGGAUAGCUAUCUGCUACAACAACUGUCUGGAAAUUUUGAGAGUGUAAAACGGCUGGGCCGUGGGGAAAAAAAUGGAACAGAAUGGUAGUCUUUCUCCUCUUCUAAAGUUAAGAACAAAACUGCAUUGAAACAGUGCCACUAGCUCUUACCAACUUGUUCUAGGAAAACUCACAACUGGCAUUAAUUACUGACUACCUUUCUUCUUCUCCCGCCCCUCCUCACCCAUAACUUAAAUGCAGGGAAAUGCUGAGCUUUUCAAACCUGGGAUUUUAUUAUUACUUUCAAUUAAAGGUAUGUAUAUAUGACAGCCAUUUGUGCUGAGUGUUUGUAUUAACUGAGCAAUGGAGCUGACUAGCAAGUAACACCCUAGCAGAAAUCAUUUGGUUUUGCUGUAGAUGCCUAAAAAUUGCUUAAAGUUCUAGAGAUGGGAUAUGAUGCUAACUUUGUAAUUUUUUUCCUGCUUCUGUACCCCUGACCUUGUUCAUAAUUCUUGUAAUACUAGUGCUGUAAGGGUUCUUUGCAACUAAAGUCUGUUACUAGUAAAAUUUCUUCAGCUGCAAGCAGGAACUUGUAAAUGUUGCAGAACCAGAAUGCAUCUUGCAGAAAUAUUUUGGAGUGAAGCUUCAGCUUGAUACUCCAUUGUUUAGUGAGCAAUGAUCCAUUUUCUGCUUUGCCUUUUGCACAGUGCAAAGUUGUUGAUAUUAAAAGUAGUACCAGUGUGCAAAUGCAUGUAAUUACAAUCUCUAGUUCUGCACUGCCUUCUAAAACUAUAUUCCUCACUAAAAUGAACUACUUCAGCCACAUAUGAUCUUAAUGACUCCCAAGAGGCAACAAACAUUUUCCUAGAAGUACUGCAUUUAUCCUUUUAAAAGAAACUUGUAUCCCAUUUAUCUCAGCCGUGAGUUUUAUCCCAAAUAAUGCAAAAUUCAUCCCUGAAGAUAUAAAAAUAAGCUUAGUUGAAGUCUAAGACUUGUAUAUGUUGUUAAUAUGCAGUGGCAGUGUUUUGUUGAACUUUAAUACGACCUCUCUCUCUCUCUCUUUUCAGUAUCAAAUAUGCAAGCUUCUCUAGGUAUAUUUGUAUAUUUAUUCUUACUUUCUCAAGGUGCACACUGAAGCUUCUGUAGCAUCAGUUGUUUAUUUGUGAUAGCCCUUUUCUUAAAAUAAAUGUACUUGUGAUUGUUUCUAUUCACUUCUCAGAAGGAUGGCUUCCCCAACUUUCAGAGAGGAGACCAGACUAUUUUGCAUAUCAGACCAUUUUUCCACAAUAACAUGAAUAACAUGAAGCACUGGAAGAGGGAGCUGUAGUGAGAGUACCUUUUCAGAUGUAACCACCAGUGAUGUACAUAAUGAGAUGAAAGGAAAUAUGAUGAACCUAUUGAUUAUUUGUUCUGUAGUACUUGAGUACAUAGUGGGGGAACGUGGUAACUGAUGUAUAAAUGUCUUUGUUGAAACAAUACUGGUCUCACCUGAAGGCAAACAUAAAGUCUGGGAGAGAGAGUGAACUGACUGAAUUUCUCAUCAUCUUUCUCAUGUGUGCCCCUCCCCCUGCCCCCCCUUCAGUAGUUAGGACAUAACAGUACAUGUAGAUUGUUGAUAAUCCCAAACAUCACAGGACUAGAUCAAAUCCAAUUGUCCUGUUUAAUUUCUUUAAAUGAGCUGGACAGUACUGGUCAAGGGGAAGCAGAUGAUGGGCAUAAAGACAUACUCAGUGAAGGAACAAAGACAUUCAGGUCUAUAAUACACUUGCAAAGCAGUGUUGGUCAAGUGAUGAAUUUGUGGUAUCUGUGUGAAAAUGAACAGAGCUGUCCUUUGUGUACAGGAUAUGAAUUAUAUUAUAAACUGGGUUUUUUUUACUAACCUGUACUAAACUAUAAAACAUUAGCUUAUGUUGUGUACUUCCAGUGUGAUUUCCUAAAGAUGUGAAACUUGUAGCAUGACUGUAUAAAGUUUGAAGUCUCCUUGUUCUUUCUGAUAAGCAAUAGCACUGACUUAAGUUCCUCUCCUCUUUUGUUGAGAGCGUUGCAUAUAUUUUCUUACCCAAUAUUGUUGGGCAAAAUUGUUACUGAACUUAAUCUUCCCUUUAUGUGGCAGACAAUGAUUAACUUGUUGCAAUAUUCCCUUUUGAUUUUUAUGGACAUUACAAUGAAAUUGAUUUUAAUUUCGAAUACCUGAUCUCUGGAAUGGUAUUGAAAUGCUGUAAAAAUUUAAAGCAGUUUUUUUUUAAGUUUUGAAGUAGAAUGCUGGACUCUUUAGAAGGUUGAUCUUACUUUUAAAAAUACUGAUCUUACUUCCUCUAUAUACUUUAGUUUGUUCCAUUCCUACUGCCAUGCGUGUAUUUUGCCUUUCUUACAUUUUAAUAAAAUGGAAUGUUUCUAAA